AUGGGCGUCGACGAGUUUCGAUGGCUGGUCCACAGAUCGAUGCAGCAGCACUGCGCCAAGCAAUCCAAGACCGAGGUACGCAACCGCAUCAACGCGCUGCGCCACCAGACCGACGCCCCACCACCAGCGCCCGGUCGCCCCUCAGUCUUCAGCCGGCCGCGCGGAACCGCCGCGCCGCGGCCCGUGGGCCAGGGCGGGCAGCGCCGCCAGAUCCUCGUCGCGGUCGACAUGGGGCCCCUCGCCCUCGCGUGGGCGUCGAAGCGGUUCCCAGACGAGUGCAUCACGCCGCCGAAACCGUCCCUAGACCAGCAGAAACAGGAGGCCAAAAACACGACGGACCGCGCAUUUAGUUUCUUGAUGGACUGCGGCUUCGACGAGCCCAUCGCCGUCUUCGACAUGAACCUCGCAGCCAACUACUUCAACUCGGAGAACGCGACGGGCGGCUUCCGCGACCCUUCGGUGGCCGCGGGGCCGCACGGGCCGGUCCGCUACGCCGUAGGCGACGGCCGGCUGGAGUUCUACCAGAUCUGCGAAUGGCUGUACGGCGAGCUGACGAGCCGCGGGGUCCGGUGCGUGCAGGCCUUGACCUCGAACGCCGACGCGAAGGUCGCGGAACUCGUCCGCGAUGGCUUCCAGGGCCACAAGGUGGCGUGCGCGUACUCGACGGACUGCGACGUGUACGUAAAUUCGCCCAAGUCCAUCGUCGGCCUCCACUACAAGGACGGCCGGAAGGACCAGCGGACGCCCGUCGUCUGCCUCUUCGACCGCGACCAGUGCUUGAUGGACCGAGGUAUUUUGCCGAUUUUGCCUCACGCCGCGGACAAGGACGCCGCCCGCGACGUCCUCGCCGUCUUCGCGGCCCUCGGCCGCUUAACGUCGGACCGGGUCAAGAAGCGCAAGUCGCGCCUCGACGCCACCAACCCGUGCGUCUUGUAUCAGAUGAUGAGGAACCCAAACAACGCCGGCGCCGCCUGCGGCGCGAACUCGAAGCUCGAGCUCGUCGAGGACUACGUCCUCCCCGCGCUCGUCCAGAUCCGCAAGUGCGGGCCGACACCCGGUCCGGGUGGCAGCUCCGACAUCCUCGACAUGCUCGACCACCACAUGACGACGUCCGACUUCAACAACACCUUCGUGGCGGCACAUCGCCGCGGCGUCCUGGGCCUGUCGAACGAGGGCCGCGAUGGAGCGAACGCCAUCCUCGAACGCUACGAGAGACUCACGGCGACCGAACGCACCGAGCUCCGCGCCUUUCGGGACUGGACGCGCGACAACAUCACGAUGCUGUAG